AUGGCUCGCUACGAUGGCUGUGGCAUCUGCAUGAAGGUCUGCCCGAUCCAGAAAUACGGCGCACCUUCAGUCAUGCAGUACUAUGUUGACACCGGCGAGGUGCUCGGCAAAGGCACUGACAACCUCGAAGGCUACGAAAUCCCUGAAAAGGGCUACUUCGGGCCCGGCAGCCUGCCGCAGUUCAACCGCCAGUUCUUCGAGAUUCCGCACGGCCGCAGAGAAGAGUGGCUGUUCGAGGAGUUCAAGGAGAAGCUCGAGAACGAUAUGCUUCCGACUGAGGAGGUCAUGGACUUCGCGGUCGAGCUGAAGAAGAUCCUCGACGAGGGCGGCACGACGCGCGGCGACGAGUAA